GCAGAGAGUUAAUGCUUCCCCCGGCAUCAAGAAAGGCUCCCGCUGCUUGCGCCGGGCGGAGGAGGAUUAUCCAGAAUGUUUGCAUUGACAGAAAAGAACAGAUCCAUUGCUCAGCUAUUACUGAAUACUGGCACUUGCCCGCGAUGUGUUUUCAGAUUCUGCUGUGUGGGGUUACAGGCAUCUUACAGGCAUCCAUACAAGGAUUUGCUUAGAGAGCUGCCUGAAUUCCUGGAGUACAAUAAAGAAAAAGAGGACAAAUUUUGUUGUGAAAUAGCUGACCCCCCAUGUAAGAGAAUCAGACUUGAGAACAUGGGAGAAGGGGCUGAGGAUUUGAAUCAAAAUGGGGCCCUCCAGCAGACCCCUGUGGCAGAUGAUGUAAAUGUUGCUAUGGAGAACUCUACUCCGAAGGUUUGCAACGUGUGCUUGGGAAUUCUUCAGGAGUUCUGCGAGAUAGAUUUUGUUAAGAAGGUGUGCCAAAAGGUUAAUUCUGCUGAAUACCAGUUUACUAGCUUUGUAUUUUCUGUGUCGCUCCCACCACAGUUGUCCGUUAGAGAGCAUGCUGCCUGGCUGCUGGUAAAAGAGGAAAUGGGAAAACAGGGCCUAUCACUGGCAAAAGAGGACGUUGUUCAGCUGAAAGAAACAUACAAAUGGAUUAUUCAUCCCCUGUUCUCGGAGGAGCUGGGUGUUCCUGCUGAUGGAAAGAGCUUGUUCGAAGUGAGUGUGGUGUUUGCUCACCCGGAAACUGAUGAGGAUUGCCAUUUCCUAGCCACAGUAUGUCCAGACUGUUUCAAGCCAGCAAAGAAUAAACAGUCUGUUUUCACAAGAAUGGCAAUUAUAAAGGCUUUGGACAAGAUAAAAGAAGAGGAUUUCCGUAAGCAUUUUCCAUGUCCCCCAAGUUCACCAAAGAAUAUCUGUGCGGCUCUGGAAAUUCAGUGCACUAAUGGUGCAAUUUUUGUGGCUGGAAGGUACAACAAAUAUUCAAGGAAUUUACCACAAACUCCCUGGAUUAUAGAUGGAGAGCGAAAGCUGGAGUCUUCAGUGGAAGAGCUGAUUUCAGAGCACCUAAUGACAGCGUUUAAAGCAGAUAGUUUUAAUUUUUCAUCCUCUGGAAGAGAAGAUGUGGAUGUGAGAACGCUAGGCAGAGGAAGGCCCUUUGCAAUUGAGCUUGUGAAUCCUCAUAGAAUACAUUUUACUGCCAUGGAAAUGAAGGAACUUCAGCAGAAAAUUAAUAACUCUUCAGACAAAAUAAAAGUUCGAGAUUUACAGCUUGUCACCAGAGAGGCAAUUGGACAUAUGAAAGAAGGUGAGGAGGAAAAGACAAAGACCUACAGUGCCUUAAUAUGGACAGACAAAGCAAUAGAGAAGGAAGAUAUUGCACUUCUAGAUGAUAUGAAGGAAUUAAAGAUUGAUCAAAAAACACCUCUGCGGGUUCUUCACAGAAGGCCCUUAGCUGUAAGAUCUCGUGUCAUUCACACCAUGAAAUCCAAGUACAUAGAUGACCAUCACUUUCGCCUGCAUCUGAAAACUCAGGCAGGGACUUACAUUAAAGAGUUUGUCCAUGGAGAUUUUGGAAGAACAAAACCCAAUAUUGGCUUCCUACUUAAGAGAACUGCUGACAUUCUGGAGCUGGAUGUAGAGUCUGUUGAUGUUGAUUGGCCUCCAACCCUGAAUGAUUAGAGUCUUUCAAGCUCGGAAGAGGAAGAGUGACUUGACUCUCUUAUCAGGAGCUGACAACAAAUUGAACUGUGCACCGUAUGAUAACUUGUUUAUCCCCUAUAUUUCUGUUGAACAUUUGGAUCACGUUGAUCUGUUAGGUUUUUUUAAUUGGCUUAAAAACUCAGGAUCAGUUGAUGCUUGUUCAAUUAAUUUGCAGCCUUAUUGUAAAUAAAUUACCGUCCCAUGUACAGGGGUCUCUGACAGGCAGAUGUAUUAAUAGCAGUAAAUGGUUUCUUUUAAAAAAAAUUAUUUAGAGAGAUGUCCAAACCCUGAUCUUUGCGAGAUAUACCAAAUAUGCUUUCCUGAAUACUGUUUGAAACCCUUUGAUUGAAAAGAGAAGUCCCCCUCCCUCAAACCACACAUACCAUAUAUCAUCUAAUUUU